AUGGCGGACAACCUGCUCUUUGUCAAGCUAUACGGGAGAUCAGGUGUACGCCUUAGCUGCUGCGAAGAGAGCUCGAGCGAGACUGAAAGCCCUUCCUCGCGUGGGAGCGACGAGGAAGGGACAGAUGGGAGCGAGAGUGGGUACAGAUGCGCCAUUGCUAUCACCCCUUCCGGAGUCUGUCUCCUCCUCCUCUGGUGUCCGCCUCUCGUCUCGCCUUAUCCCUUUCUCCUCCCUCCUUCCCCACUCGACCCACCCACAACCAUCGCCGAUGAUGUCCAUCACCUCCACCGCCGGGACCCUGCUCUGCCCGCCGCCCGUCUCCAGGGGCGGACGGCGCGGAGGCAGGUGCGCCGUCCGAGCCCAAGCGGCCGGAGACGGGGGAGCGGCGUAUUCGUCCGAGCAGAAGUCUGUGGAGAUAAUGCGCAAGUUCUCGGAGCAGUAUGCCCGCUGCUCCUGCACCUUCUUCUGCUCCGACAAGUUCGUCACCGCCGUCGUCAUCAAGAAGAAAAACAUCUUUUUUGCACGGGCAUGCUGACCACAAGGAUCAACUCGGAGCUCCUCUCUGCCCCUGCAGGCAUUACGACGACAAGGCCGCCGAGGCGCCCCAAGGCUUCUGGAACUGCCCGUGCGUCCCCAUGCGAGAAAGGAGGCAUUGUUAAUUACCUAGUGUUGGCAGCGAGACAGCGAGAGCUGCAACUCCAACAACCUUGAGGGGCAACUCCGAUUUCCUCUGGCUUAACCAUCGUACACAGGAAAGGUUUAGGACCUUGACCAGCUCUUACUACAGAGGGGCACAAGGGAUCAUCAUGGUGUACGAUGUUACUCGCCGAGACAUGUUCACAAAUCUGUCUGACAUAUGGGCCAAGGAAAUUGACCUGUAUUCGACCAACCAGGACUGCAUAAAGAUGCUUGUAGGAAACAAA